AUGGAGCAGGCCACAGCGAUUCUCGCAAGACAAGCAGCAAUCGAUGCUUUGCUACGGUACACAGACGGUCUCGACCGUGCCGAUGAGGCCCAACUCAAAUCUGCCUUUACUGAAAAGGCUAUUCUCGACCUCUCUCAAUUUUCAUCACUUGGAAUGACUUACGACCCGAUUCAUGGUCUCGAUAAUAUUACUGCCGUAUGCAUGGGAGCAGUAGGCAAGGCUCUGGAAACAACACAUUCGUUGACCAACAUUCUGGUCAAGCUGGACGACCAAAACAAUAGCGCCAACAUUACCUGCUACUGUGAAGCGCAACAUAUCAAGCAAGGCCAGGCCUUUGCCUCUGAUUCUCACGAUAAUUCAUUUUUAGUGAAAAGUCGGUACAACGCAUUGGUUUCACAGCAGGGGCCUACGUGGAAAAUUGAGCGAUUGGACAUUGUACCACUAUGGAGCAAGGGCAGCUCGAGUGUUUUUGGGCAAUGA